CACCCAUCCCUUCCUUGCUCCAUUUUUUCCCCCUCUGCUUUCUCAAACAAAACUGCUCUCUGACUCAGACGCUGCUGCCCCCCCUUUCAUUUUAAUACAACCCACUCUGGUCCUUAAAAUAUUAUCAUCAUGAGGACCAUGAAAGAAAAAAAUAAAAAAAUUCAAUGCCUUCUUUUAUUUUCAAGAGAAACCAAAAAGGCAUGGAAAGAGUCGUUGUUGUUGAUGUCUGCCACGAAAGAUCACGCAACCGCAAGGAGUCAGUAGUUAAGGCAAUUUCCUCACUCCUCCCCGAAUUAGAAAACCCAAACUGAAAUGAACUUGAACUUGAAUCCUUUCUAACAACACCACCUCCUUUUUUUUUUUUUCAAACUACUUAAUUAUUCCUAAAAAUCAUUUUUAAUUUUGAGUCUUUACGUGCUCUCAAGUUUCUUUGGUGGGUAGCGUGUGAACUGUGAAGUGUCAAUUAACCGUUUAUUAUUAUAUACUAAUACAAUAUUUUUGCUUUCUAGUUUCUAGAAACUCGACGAAGCAAAAUUGAGUUACGCUUUUAAUUUGAAGGUGUUGUUGUUGUUGUUGUUGUUGGUGUUGUAUGAUCUCGAGCGUGACCGAGAAUGAACCUGUUACCGGCGCGAUCCGUGGACGAAACUGUGGAGGAGAUAAUGAGGCUGCACCGGUCGCUACCGGCUCGGCUGGGAAUCGAGGAAGUGGAGGCGGCAAGGACUCUGGUCGCGAACGUGGAGCGCGAGGACCAGGCGAAGCUUGAGGCCGUGGCACGUGCGAGGGAGCGCAAGGGCCCGCACGUGCCGGAGGAGCUCUUCGCGGUGCUGCAGGAGAUGCAGAAGAGCGUGGUGCUCUUCCAGAGCAAGGAACAGAGGCGCGAGGCGCUCAAACUCCUCGAUCUCGAAAACGUCCAUGUCCUGUUCGACGAAUUGAUUCAGAGAGCUUCCAAUUGCGUCUCCUCGCGCUCGGGUUCGAAGAACUCCGUUUUGAAACGGGAAACUUCUUCUUCUUCUUCCGUUUCUGUUUCUGCGUUCAAGAAAGAGCCUGUGAAGAGUUCCGAGAUACUGUUCACGAGAGAUGAUAACUAUAUGAAUAAGAUCAAACCCAAUUUCUACCCUGAUGGGUAUACAAUUGGGCCCAGUGUCUCAUCCAAACCGCUGAUACUUGACUCCUCGAUAAUACCCGCGUCCACUUCAGGUGAAGAUAAGUUGAGUUUGAUAAAACUGGCUAGCUUGAUGGAAGUUUCUGCGAAGAAAGGUACACGCGAGCUCAUAUUACAGAACAAGUUGAUGGACCAAGUUGAUUGGCUUCCUGAUUCAAUAGGGAAGUUAUCUAGUUUGAUCAAAUUGGAUUUAUCUGAGAAUCGAAUUACGGUGCUGCCUUCAACGAUUGGAGGCCUUUCUUCCUUGACAAGUUUGAAUUUGCAUUCGAAUAAGAUCGCGGAGCUUCCGGAGUGUGUUGGAGAUCUCUUAAGUCUUGUGUAUCUAAACGUAGGGGGAAACCAGUUAUCAUCUUUACCUGCUUCGUUGGGCAGAUUGGUGCAUCUUGAGGAACUUGAUUUGAGCUCCAACCAGCUUUCAGUGCUUCCUGAUGCCAUAGGGUCUCUUGUCAGCCUAAAAGUACUGAAUGUGGAGACAAAUGACAUAGAAGAAAUUCCGCAUUCCAUUGGUCGUUGUGUUGCACUUAGGGAGCUUUGUGCAGAUUAUAACAGGCUCAAGGCCCUGCCUGAGGCUGUGGGGAAGAUUGAGAGCCUUGAGGUAUUGUCUGUGAGGUACAACAAUGUCAAACAGCUACCUACGACAAUGUCGUCUCUGUCGAACUUGAAGGAGCUCAAUGUGAGUUUUAAUGAGCUUGAGUACGUGCCUGAGAGCCUGUGUUUUGCUACCUCGCUUGUGAAGAUGAACAUAGGGAACAACUUUGCUGACAUGCGAUCCUUGCCGAGGUCCAUUGGGAACCUUGAAAUGCUUGAGGAGUUGGAUAUCAGCAACAAUCAGAUUCGUGUCCUUCCUGACUCUUUUAGGAUGCUCACUCGUUUACGUGUCCUGAAAGUGGAAGAGAAUCCUCUUGAAAUACCUCCAAGACAUGUAGCUGAAAAGGGAGCACAGGCUGUGGUCAGGUACAUGGCUGAUCUUGUUGAGAAGAAGGAUGCUAAAUUGCAGCCACUUAUUAAGAAGAAAAAGGGUUGGGCUCAUCAUAUGUGCUUCUUUUCAAAGUCAAACAAAAGGAAGCGUGACGGCGUUGAUUUUGUUAAAACCUGAUUAAAUUCCCCAAAAGCCAUUCAUGGCAAGCAAAAGAUUCCAUGAGGAGAUGCAUUUGUUUAUAUAAAAAAGGACAAAGAUAUGUCUGUCAGUCUCCGGUCAACAUUGCGAGAGAAUGAAUAGGCAUGGGAAUCUUCCUUGGCUGUUGGAAUUUGCUAACUUUGAGGCACAUACUGUACAUUUCCUGUUCAAUUUAUAUAUAUAUUUUUUCCUUUGUAGAACUUAAUAUUUUUUCAUUUGUAUUUCUGGUAUCUCGAAAAUGGAAACAAGUGUACAGCCAUUUAUGUUUACUUCCACUCUAUUGUAUGUAUAUCUUCCUGCCACAGUGCCACUUCAGUCUUCAAUAUAAUUUAAUAUUUCAUUUUUCA